UUCAGUGACUGUUGAGAAAGAGUCUUCCGUAUUCAUGGCUGGCAAAGGAGAAAGCCCGAAAGUUGGUAUCGAUCUGGGGACGCUAUAUCCAUGCGUGGGACUGUCAAAACCCCCUUCCUAUGUUGCCUUCACUGGCAAUGAGUGCUUGAUUGGUGAUGCUGCCAAUAACCAAGUCGCCAGAAACCCUACCAACACUAUCUUUGAGAAGACCACUGGUGUGAAAGGGAAGAUCGAUAUUGCCAAUGAUAAGUGGAGACCGUCCAAUGAAGAGGUUGAGAGAAUGGUCCAGGAGGCAAAGAGUUAUAAGGUUGAAGAUGAUGAUCACAUGAAGAAGGUUAUGGCAAAGUUAUCAAUCGACCAUAAUUUCAACAUUUUAAUGACAGAAAGAUGGUAAUUUGAGAGCUGCCAUUGCCAACCAGCACCAUGGCCAUGCAAGCCAGGGUAGUAUAUCUGAUGAGAUUGAAAUUUUGAUCAAUGAUCAUGUAGCACCAGUUGAGAGAUGGUAACUUUUUAUCCAGAAAAAAAAGAUAGUUAUUGUUUUUUGUUUUUGUUCCUGAUAUGAUUUCGAUGGUAGCUGUUUAUCCGAA